AUGUCUAGUUUUCAGCUCACUGAUGAGUCCGACAAUGACCAGGAGUCCUUGUUAGAGUUUGAAAGAUUGGAAUCAACAUUACCUCCUGCUUUGAAAAGGUCUGCAUCCUCGUUAUUGGAAGCAAUUCAAGCUUCCCCCACAACUCCAUUGCACAAUCCGAUUUCACAAUCUGGGACCCACCACAUUCAUGAUGAGCCAAACUUGAGGUCUCCGCAGCCACACCAUGUUCGUGAAAACUACCAUGCGAGCACAUAUCAGACAAUCCCAGGAAGAACACCACUGGCCACCCCAAACUUGAAAAACUCAAACUUUAGACAACAUUUGAUCUCCAAAUUGUCAAAGCUGGAGAAUGGUAGAGAAAGCUCACCCAUCCCAUUGCCUAAACCAAGAUUUAACGAGAGCACCUUCAAGCCUGCAUUGAACACCAAACAGUCUUCGACUGGGGUCUUGUGGGUAACCGAAAGGGCUGCAGAGUAUGGGUACGACUCUGAACAUGUUGGUGAUUGGGCCAAUUUGGGUCAAGGUGCACCUGAACACGGUGACUCAAUUCCUGGGUCCUUUCCUAGGCCCAAGCAAAUUAAUUUGCCAGUAGACUACCGUGAGUAUGCCCCAACUGCUGGUAUUAAGGAGCUUCGUGAGGCUGUCGCAAACUACUACAACGAAGAGUACCGUCAAGACAAAGCAUCGAAAUACACGUACAAAAACGUAUGUAUUGUGCCAGGGGGUAGAGCUGGUUUGACAAGAAUUGCCACAAUCAUUGCCGAUUGUUAUUUGUCAUUCUUUCUUCCUGAUUACACUGCAUACUCGGAGCUUAUUGCCACCAUGAAAAAUUUCUCUCCCAUCCCGGUGCCUUUGAAGGAAAUGGACAAUUAUGAAAUGCAUCUUGAGUUGAUUAGAGAUGAAUUGGCAAGGGGAAUGAGUGCAUUGUUGACAUCAAACCCUCGAAACCCAACUGGAAACUGUUUAUCGAGAGAUCAAUUGCAGGAGUUGCAUCGCAUGUGUCGUGAAAAGUGUUUAAUUAUUAUGGACGAAUUCUACUCACACUAUUAUUAUGAUGAAGGCUGUACUGGGUCGUCCAUAAGUUCGGCCGAAUAUGUCGAGGAUGUGAACCGUGAUCCUGUGUUGAUUUUGAAUGGUUUGACAAAGGCAUUUAGAUUGCCUGGGUGGAGAAUAUGUUGGAUUUUGGGUCCCGAAGAUUACAUCAAUGCCCUUUCCUCUGCAGGGUCGUUUUUGGAUGGUGGAUCAAACUCGCCUUUGCAACAUGUUGCUGUUGAUUUCUUGCAGCCAUUGAAAGUGAAGCAAGAAAUGAUGGCAUUGCAGUUGCACUUUAAAAUGAAGCGUGAUUAUAUCAUUGGAAGAUUGUCAAAGAUGGGGUUCAAGUUCACCAAGAAAACUAUCCCAAACUCCACUUUUUAUUUGUGGUUGAAUUUGAGUCAUUUGCCAGGGAAGUUGAGUAAUUGUUUGGGUUUUUUCCAUGAAUGUUUACAUGAGAAGGUUAUUGUGGUUCCUGGGUUCUUUUUCUUGAUUAAUCCACAAAACUUGGCUCAUAUGGAAGAGAUCAUUUGGUAUAAUUACGUUAGAAUUAGUUAUGGACCUGAAUUGCACCAUUUGGAAAAUGGUAUGGACGGUAUUGAGCGUAUUUUGCACAGGUUUGGGUGCUUGCCAUACGACAUCAAUAAUUAG